CGCUGCCUGUUUUCCUUUCGCUAAUAAUUGCAGAAGGCAAAAUGCACCAGCCAGAGCCUUAGCAAGCGCUUGGGUCAAAUAUUGCGCGCGAGCUCAGCGUUUGCGCGCUGCUUUAAAAAUGCAUGCAUUUCUUUUGCAGUGACACAGCAGUUCCGCUGUCUUUUUUGUAUCAUUUAUUUAAAGCCUGUUUGCUGCGUGCUUUCACAGUUCCGCCCUUGCGUGCUCAAGGAGGUGCGCCUUUCGGUGCAGAGAUGUUCUGCCUUAAGAAAGCAAGGAAAAUACACUGCCCAUCUGUGGGGAGGUGAUCCGAGCUUGGCCGGUGGUCUGGAUCUCUUUCUCCCGGAAGGUGUUGAGAGCGGGUAUAGGCCACUAAAACACGUCUUGAGGAGGUGCAGGGACGUGAGGAACGUGCACGGAUGCAUGCCCGUCCGGGGUGACCAUGUCCAUGCAUCCUCCCCUUCCUGCACAUAGAAGGCAGCGGAGGUUGUCCAUCAAACCGGCAGCGGCGAGAGGAGGAGGGUGUGGAAAUCGCUUCUUUCGCGACCGCUCCUUGAACAGCCAAUCGCAAGGCAGGAAGUGGGCAGGUUUAUAGUCGGUCGCUAUCGCGUGGAGGGAAAGGAGGAGGGAAAAGAGAGAGAGAGAGCGUUGCAUUUUAUAUUUAUAUAUUUUACCUUGUGAGGCUGAAGGAAGGACCUCUAGAAUUUUUCGCUUGUAAGAAGAAAGGGGAGGAGAGAAACGGAUCGCUUUGCAUCCUUGCAAAUUUCAGCUGCCCUCCCCCGCCCCAAUUGUGCUGGUUAGCAAAACCACCCUGGAAAAAAAGCUCUUAUUUAACCAGACAGGAUGAUAGCUGCUCAGCUUCUGGCCUAUUACUUCACAGAAUUAAAGGAUGAUCAGGUCAAAAAGAUCGAUAAAUAUCUGUACUCCAUGCGGCUCUCUGAUGAAACUCUGCUGGAUAUUAUGGGACGCUUCAGGAGAGAGAUGCAGAACGGACUUUCUAGGGACUUUAACCCAACAGCCUCAGUAAAGAUGCUUCCUACAUUUGUAAGGUCUAUUCCUGAUGGCACAGAGAAAGGAGAUUUCAUUGCCCUGGAUCUUGGUGGAUCUUAUUUUCGUAUUUUGCGAGUGAAAGUGUCUCAUGAGAAAAAGCAGACUGUGCAAAUGGAAACGGAGAUUUAUAACACUCCCGAGGAUAUUAUGCAUGGCAGUGGAACACGGCUUUUUGACCACGUUGCUGAAUGUUUAGGCGAUUUCAUGGAGAAGCAGGAAAUCAAGAACAAGAAGUUGCCUGUUGGGUUCACAUUUUCUUUUCCAUGUAGGCAAACCAAGUUAGAUGAGGGUAUUCUAAUAACCUGGACAAAACGUUUCAAAGCAAGUGGUGUCGAGGGAGCAGAUGUAGUGAAGUUGCUUAACAAAGCCAUCAAGAAGCGUGGGGACUACGAUGCAGACAUCAUGGCAGUUGUCAAUGAUACCGUAGGGACCAUGAUGACCUGCGGAUUUGAUGACCAGCGUUGCGAAGUUGGCUUGAUCAUUGGUACCGGCACUAAUGCCUGCUACAUGGAAGAAAUGAGACACAUUGAUCUGGUGGAAGGCGACGAAGGGCGGAUGUGCAUCAAUACCGAAUGGGGAGCGUUCGGAGACGAUGGCUUGUUAGAAGACAUCCGGACUGAAUUUGACAGGGAGAUCGAUCGGGGUUCCGUUAACCCUGGGAAGCAAUUGUUUGAGAAGAUGGUCAGUGGCAUGUACAUGGGCGAGCUCGUCAGGCUGAUCCUUGUCAAAAUGGCCAAAGAAGGUCUUCUUUUUGAGGGGAGAAUCACUCCCGAACUUUUAACCAAAGGGAAGCUAGAAACAAAGGACGUUUCUGCCAUGGAGAAGAGCAAGGAAGGUUUGCAAAAGGCCAAGGAGAUACUUGCCCGUCUUGGGGUUGAGCCCUCCCACGAAGACUGCGUCGCCGUCCAUCACGUAUGCACAAUCGUCUCCUUCCGCUCUGCCAACCUGGUGGCUGCCACUCUGGGUGCCAUCCUUAACCAGCUGCGGGACAACAAGGGAGUGGGCCGCCUGCGCACCACCGUGGGGGUUGAUGGCUCCCUUUACAAGAUGCAUCCGCAGUACUCCCGACGGCUGCACAAAACAGUGCGCCGCUUAGUGCCCGACUCAGACGUGCGCUUUUUGUUGUCUGAGAGCGGCAGCGGCAAGGGCGCUGCGAUGGUGACAGCAGUAGCAUACCGGCUGUCAGAGCAGCACCGCCUGAUAGACGAGACCUUGGCCGAAUUCAAGCUCACUCAUGAGCAGCUGCUGCAGGUGAAGAAGAGGAUGCGGAUGGAGAUAGAAGCAGGCCUCAAGAAGAAAUCGCACGAACACGCUAAAGUCAAAAUGCUGCCCACCUUCGUCCGCAGCACACCUGAUGGGACAGAGAACGGAGACUUCCUGGCCCUGGAUCUUGGAGGAACAAACUUCCGAGUUUUGCUUGUGAAGAUCCGAAGCGGUAAAAAGCGAAUGGUGGAGAUGCACAAUAAAAUCUAUGCCAUUCCUAUAGAGGUCAUGCAAGGUACCGGAGAGGAGCUGUUUGAUCACAUUGUUUCCUGCAUCUCGGAUUUCCUGGACUACAUGGGAAUAAAAGGUGCACGACUCCCCCUGGGCUUUACGUUUUCUUUCCCUUGCAAACAGACGAGCUUAGAUGCUGGAAUCCUUCUGAACUGGACCAAGGGCUUUAAGGCUACUGACUGCGAAGGGGAGGAUGUUGUUAAUUUGCUACGGGAAGGAAUAAAAAGAAGAGAAGAAUUUGACUUGGAUGUUGUGGCCGUGGUGAAUGAUACAGUCGGGACGAUGAUGACUUGCGCCUAUGAAGAUCCCAAUUGUGAAAUUGGACUCAUUGUGGGAACUGGCAGCAAUGCAUGUUACAUGGAGGAAAUGAAAAACAUAGAGAUGGUAGAAGGAGAGCAAGGAAGAAUGUGUGUGAACAUGGAAUGGGGCGCCUUUGGAGACAACGGAUGCCUAGAUGACAUCAGGACAAUCUAUGACAAAGCUGUUGAUGACUACUCAUUAAACAGCGGCAAGCAAAGGUAUGAGAAGAUGAUCAGCGGAAUGUACUUGGGGGAAAUUGUCCGGAACAUUUUGAUUGACUUCACGAAAAGAGGGUUCCUCUUCAGAGGUCAAAUUUCAGAGACACUGAAAACGAGGGGCAUUUUUGAAACAAAGUUUCUUUCACAGAUAGAGAGUGACAGGUUAGCGCUGCUUCAGGUCCGUACAAUCCUCCAGCAGCUUGGUCUGAACAGCACCUGUGAUGACAGUAUCAUCGUCAAGACGGUGUGUGGUGCAGUGUCAAGGAGGGCGGCUCAGGUGUGUGGAGCAGGGAUGGCUGCCGUCGUAGACAAAAUAAGGGAGAACAGAGGCUUGGACCACCUGGAUGUAACGGUUGGCGUUGAUGGUACGCUGUAUAAGCUUCACCCACAUUUUUCAAGGGUCAUGCACCAAACGGUAAAGGACCUGGCCCCCAAGUGCGAUGUGACAUUCCUUCUCUCCGAAGAUGGCAGUGGCAAAGGGGCUGCCCUCAUCACGGCUGUGGGAUGUAGACUGCGUGACGCUGAGCAUAACUGAACUCUGCACCACUGGCUCAUUCUGCCUUCCGAGCACUUCCUUGCGAAAAGCAGCGGUUCCGUAGUCUGAACUGGCAAGAGGGGGAAGCCCAGAGUCCCACUGCUGCUUUAUGGAAGCGUUGGAGUUAAAAAAUAAAAAUAGGAUACUGAAUAGAGUGUGCUGCUGUUGCUGAAAAUAUCUCCCACCUCUGAACCCCUUGUCUGCAUGUGUCUUUUUCUGCCCUAUUUGGUACAUUCCCCAUGUGUAAAUCAUUGAAAGGAGAGAAAAAAGAGGACCUAUAAUUUAAACAAAUGUCAAAAAUAGGUUUAUUAUUUGAGGUCUAAAAUUACAGCCAAAUGAUGUCCAAGGACAAGAGCAGGUGGUUCUGUGUGUCAAGUGUAUUAUUUCCAGCUGCUACUACAUCCCUGUUAAAUACAUAUACCACCAACAAUGAUGAGUAGGAGACAAAUGCUUAUGCUAAGAGGUCUUAGCAGUUCUUUUCCGAAUUUCUAGCCAAGUGUUUGAUUCCCCGCACCCUUUUCCUUUCAGACAACUUUGGAGUUUUCACAUCUGCUGAGCUGCACUCAGCAAAUAGAAAGUGCUGGCAAACAGUGAUGUGGGAUGCGUCCUGCCCCCCCCCCUCACUGGUUAUUUACCUUUCCAUGCAUCCCUCCCCCCCCCAUUUUGUUAAGAUUCUUAGUAACAAUAGAUUUGCCCAUUGCAAGUCAAACUUGGCAGAUUCAAAUAUUUUAGCUUUUUUAAAAAAAAAUGCAAGUAAAAUAAACAUGCCAGAUUAUAGCCUUGCGUGAAACUUUCUGGUGCAAAUUACUUUAUGCAAACUUGCCUAAUUUGCAUAGAAUAGAUUCACCGCCGUACACAGACAACCCUCAUCACCGUUCUCUUCCUAUUUGGAAUUGCACAAAUACAAAAUUAGCUAGCUUGUCUUUUGAGUUUGGCCACAGAGCCUAGGGCUUGCUGAUCAGAAGGUCGGCAGUUCGAAUCCUCGUGACGGGGUGAGCUCCCGUUGCUCGGUCCCUGCUCCUGCCAACCUAACAGUUCGAAAGCACGUCAAAGUGCAAGUAGAUAAAUUGUUACCACUCCGGUGGGAAAGUAAACAGCGUUUCUGUGAGCUGCUCUGGUUUGCCAGAAACGGUUUAGUCAUGCUGGCCACAUGACCUGGAAGCUGUCUGUGGACAAACGCCAGCUCCCUCGGCCUAUAGAGCAAGAUGAGUGUGCAAACCCAGAGUUGUCCGCGACUGGACCUAACAGUCAGGGGUACCUUUACCUUUUAUAGCCUGCAGUUAGUUUUCUGAACAGCUGCCGCAGCAGCAACCCACUACCAUUCUAGAUCUUUCUGUUCUCUGAAGUAUGAAUUGUUGUUUGUUCAACUAAAUACAAUCAUUGGCCAGGGGGGUGGGGAAAGAGAUUUGCAGAUUUAUUUUUCUUCUCUGCUCCUCAAGAUUUGGAUUCCCCAUGCUAAUAAGCAUUUCAAUAUGCAUUUUGGUGCACUGUGAUCGAAUGUUGUGUGAUAACACGAGUCACAAGCAGUAAGCUCAGCUUUAAGUGUGUGUGCGUGUGUGUCUUCCUGAAGAUCUGCAUGAUUCCCUGGAUUUGCAAUGCUAGAAAGUCUUUUUACAUUGCACCACUAGUAGCAGCAGUACUUACUAGUGCAAAGUGAAUAUUUGUGACAAUAUUAAACUCUUUUUGACGUGUGUUUA